AUGGAUUAUAAUUUGUCUGCCUCCCAGAGGAUUAGCGUCUCGAAAAUACUCUCUCAAAUUCAAGGAUAUGGCUUCCCCUACAAAGCCAAGCAAUACCCAGCUCCUGUGUUUGCUUACCGCAUCCCGACGCUGUUGAUCAACUUUGCUAACCAAAGCAACUUGAUUUUCUGCCAAGAUGUCACCAUUAUAAAGAUAGGACCUGAAGUCGCUGUCAAUUUUGUUUUCGCAUACUAUACAUAUGGUCCAAUUAAUCGUGAUAUUGACGAUCCCGGAAGCCUUUGCGAUACCUACUUCUUUAUACGUUUUAUUGGUGGUAAAACACUACACAUAGCUGGGGACUCUUUUAUCUCGGACUUUAACACGGCUCGCAUCGAAGUCCAUCAAAAUAAUAAUGUUCCAAACGCUAGUGGAAUGCUUCAACAAUCCCACCGCAUCUUGUUUACACAUUUUGAUCUCCAGCCUCAGAACAAUAUGAUAAAAGAUGGGAAUGUGGUCGCUAUUAGACUGACAAAACAAACUAGGAAGGACACCGGUCAGCUUGAUUUGCCUUAG